UACGUCACAUCAAUAACAUUACCCGUUUACACGGCAAUUUAUAAUUUAUGCAUUUAAAGGUGGGGAUAACGGGUUAACCCUUUUCUAGCUAGUUUCGCGGAAAUUAUUAUAAGGAAGCAGUGAAUUGAAUGCUGUUCGCUGACUGCUCACUAGCAGAGAACGGGUUAAUUUUUGUAAUCAUUUUUUUGCCGGUUUGAAAGUGAGAGCUACGAUACCACAGAACAGCAGACGGGCCAGCCAUGGACAGUGUGGACACACGGAGAGUAAAUCCCAGCAUCGCCAAGAACCAGGGGCCAGGCAGGUUAGAGGUUCUGGAUCAAAAAGAUGGAUUUUUCACAGAUACCUGUUUAUCUGGGUCUCAAGUCCGUAAUUCUGAAAGCCAGUUCUGUUACGACAAGCACACAACAAGUCAUCAUGUUGGAAAAUUAGAAGUACUUGAACCAAAAGAAGAGAUCAUCUAUCCCACUGGAUCAGUGCCAAGACCAAGAAGUGUAGUGGGAAGGACAGGGUCACCUGGGAAAAAAUGUUACACGCCAAAUAAGCAGGUUUCAUUGUGUGUGUUGAAGCCAUUGCCGCAAAGCGGUGAUAUUUAUGACGCUGUGGAACCCAUUUUACCUAGAGAGUUGGAUACUAGUAUGACAUCAGUUGAACAGGCAACCACAGGAUCUCUAUCACAAUCUACUCAAAAUCGUAGCAUCAAAAACAAGUCGCCAGAUUCUAGUGAAGAAGAUGAAAGCAAUGAUGAAAGAGAAGGAGCACCCACAGAGUUACUCGCAGAGUUUCUCAAGGCUGUAAUGGAUAAAGAGUAUAAAGUAGCCCAGAAGCUUUGCCGAAUGAUCCUCCUAUAUGAACCUGAAAAUACAGAAGCUAAAGCUUUUUCCCCACUUAUUGAAGAAAUGCUGCAAAUUGGUAAGCAUUAG